UGUUCGCAUUUGUUAUGUAACAUUAUUCUAUGACGGACGCGUUUGUGUUGAAUAAAAUGACAAAUCACUUAAAGAGAUCUGUGUUAUUUGUACUAAGAAUUUUUUUCGCAUCAAUUAUUUUUUCUAACCUUCUACAAGUGACGUCAUAUAAAAAUUUUAUACCGUACAAGAGACGACAUGGUAACGGAACUUUGACUGCAAUCGAUAACCGUACUAGUGAUUUGUUCAAAAUAUUAGACGAUCUGCCACAAAAUGAACUUUUCCGUACAAUGUCAUGCGGUAUCAUGGAACAAGAGUUGCCAGAUUUCAGAGCACCUAAUCGACGCGUUAGUGAAGUUAAAUGUCUUGAACAUUUAUGGAAAAUGCGAUUUUACGACCAACUACUUUUAAAAAAAAUAAGAUGUAAAACUGGUGUGGAAGGCGCAUACGUCAGUUUCGCCAUAUACAGGGGUAAAGAAGUGUCAACGGGAAAAUUUGCUCAUACGGGGGCUAUAGGUUGGCAAACAGAUGGAGAAGCCUGGAUAUUUUUGUGUGGUGCUGUAAUGAUAAGCGAUAGGUUCUUCUUGACCGCCGCGCACUGCUCAACUGCAAACGACACCAGAGUUAUGAAUCCCUCUCCCAAAAUAAUUAGACUUGGAGACAAAUAUAUAUUGGACUCGGUUGAAUUCGGAAAAACACCAACAGAUGUUUAUAUAAAAAAUGUAAUAGUACCAGACAAUUACCGACCACCAUCGAAAUAUUAUGACAUAGCUCUAAUCGAGUUAGAAGAUAUAAUUCCAUUCAAAGUAUUUACUAAUCCAUCAUGUAUCUGGCCAUAUGAAGGAGAUGAAUUGUUUGGAAAAGGCUAUGAAUCUGGAUGGGGUGUCGUCGAAUCAGAUUCGAAACAUCAACCAGAAUAUCAGAUAGACGAUGUCGAAGUAAUAGAUACUAAUGUGUGCAGUGAGAAAUUAAACGAAGCGUUACAUGUAAAUACAAUUCAACUACCUCAUCAAAUUUGUUCAAAUUACUGUAACGUCAAUGACACAUGCAAGGGUGACUCAGGAGGUCCUUUAAUGAUGCCCAUUAUUAACCCUUAUUAUACAGACUUUACAGUCCAUUAUAUAGUAGGCAUACAGUCUACCAGCUUUGGUUGUGACUCCCCUGACAACCCAAAUGUCUAUACUAAAGUAUCGAGUUUUGUCAAUUGGAUAGAAGACAUUGUGUGGCCCGAAGAUCAUUAUGUGAAUGAAAUUUUAUCUGAAAAACAAUUCGCAAAAAUAUACGAAGGACUAUAAUUAAAACUUGUCAGUGAUUUCGAUAUUUAUUUGACCAAUUUACAAUUUUUUCCUA